AUGCCGGAGAGACGUGCAUUCAAUGUGGAAGUAUGGUCGCGUACUGGCGGUCGAGGGGGAAGCUCCCGCCCCGCGCCCGCCGCUGGGCGCACGGCGAUUGGUCGCGCUCGGCGGCACGUGACGCGCGUCGUAUCGAUUCGGAGGCUCUGCGGCGGCAUUUUUAAGUUGGCGGCCGGAGUGCCCGCCUUCGCCCCGCACGGCUUGCGACGCCCGCUUCAUAGAUUAAUCGGAUUAUAG